AUGAGUCUCACAUUAGUAUCUUACAAUAUCUCACCAUUUGUGCUCAGAGUCACAGCAGCCUUAAACUAUUUGUAGAUUCCCUUUGAACAGAAGGACAUUGAUAUCAUCAACAAACCUGAAUGGUUCGUCAAAGCCAAUCCUCUAGAAAAGGUCCCUACUUUGUUAGUAGGAGACAAAGUCAUCUAAGAAUCCCUGGUUAUUUUGGAGUACAUCAAUUCACUCACCCCCAACUCCUUACUCCCAAAUGAUCCACUUGAAAAAGCAAUAAAUCGAGGCAGGGCUGAAUUUUCCAAUGACGUCGUAGGAAUUUUCCUGGGAUUGACUGCAGCAUCUACAGAGGAGGCCUACAAUAAUGGAUUGGCAGAAUUGAAGUGGUAUUUUGAUAAACUUGAAAAUUGGUUAAAUUAAACCAAAUUCAUAUACAGUGAUGAAUUAACUCUAGCAGAUUUUGCAUACAUUCCAAUUUUUGCAAUCCUCCAGGCUCUAUCGCCCCAUUUGAAAGUCAAUUUGCUUGAAGGCUAUCCCAAAGUGCAGCAAUAUGGAACAACUCUGUUGGCACUUCCCAGAGUGGCUGCAAGCAAGCCAGAAGGGUACGAGUAGAUUUUGUUAGAAAGAAUUAAAACAAGAAAACCGUAUUUUUUAUCGGUGUGA